UACUGUGCUGAAUGUGAUUCCCAUCAUGCACCUGGUACAGGACCUCCUCCUCCUACUGCUGCUCAGCAUCACAUUGGUUGAGUGCCGUACCAUAAAGGAAUUGGUUAAUGAGACAUCAGAGGAGAUUGAUAACAACAUUGACCAGGAUUAUUUCACUGUAUCUGCCAUAAUUGAACGAGCUAACAAGAAUGUUGGAAAGUUAAACAGGGGGUUCACUAUUGUGGAUGGAGACAUAGCGGUGAACACCGGUCUCCAGAAUGCAGAUCCUUGUACAUCUCGCAAAUGCAAGUGGCCCAGAGGAAAAAAAAGAAAGGUUUAUGUGCCCUAUGUCAUUUCGAGGCAGUACUCACCCUCUGAAAUAGAUGUUAUUAAACGUGGGCUGAAGUCCUUCACAGAGUCAACUUGCAUCCGAUUCAUACGUCGCACCAAUGAAGAAGACUACAUCCAUAUAAUAUCAGAAACUGGGUGCCACUCCUAUCUAGGACGCAUUGGAGGAAAGCAGGUGUUGUCUCUAGAACGUAAUGCGUGCGUUUAUUUUAAAACCAUUCAACAUGAGCUUCUCCAUGCUCUGGGUUUUAACCAUGAACAGAAACGUAGUGACCGUGACAAGCAUGUCAAAAUUCUCUAUGAAAAUAUUAAACCAGGAAAAGAACAUAAUUUUAAGAAAAUUAACACCAACAAUUUAAACACACCAUAUGACUACAAUUCUGUCAUGCACUAUUCAAGGUGUGCUUUCUCCAAGAACAGCAAGCCUACCAUCGUCCCUAUACCAAAUGAAAAUGUUUCCAUCGGACGUGCUGAAAAGAUGAGCAAAAAUGAUAUACUGCGUGUUAACAGGCUCUACUGCCGUUAAACUCUCUAUUAACAUCACCAGAUUGUUCAUAAUACGUUUGCAAACUGUUUGCUGAAUAUGAUACUGAAAUAUUCUCUUUUUUCUUUUUUUAAUUAUUGAUGAUAAAAUUUCUCUGUUCUUUAAUACAUCAGAAGGUUUCUCUUUUCUGCUAAGCUAAUUUGAAUAACCCUCACUUUUACAGUCAUUAAUAAAAGG